AUGCCUUGUGAUAAGGCUGCAGAUAAGACGUUGACUAAGCAUCAGGAGCCGAGAAGGAGGAGGCUGCUGGCUGGUCUGAAAUGUCGGCUGCUGCAGUGCGGGGGCGUGGCAGGUGGCGGCGCUUCAGGCGCAAUUAGGAGCGCGCUGGGGCUGCCGCCGCAGCCACGGCAGCUCGGCGGCGCGGCGGAGCGGGGAUGCCGCGAUGCCUGCCUGCUCGUGCUGCCUCCUCGCCUCUUCACUGCGGGGGCAGCCAGCAUUCCUGCCAGCCAGCCAGCGUUCCUGCCAGCCAGCCAGCGUUACUGCCAGCCAGCCAGCCAGCGUUCCUGCCAGCCAGCCAGCGUUCCUGCCAGCCAGCCAGCGUUUCUGCCAGCGACCAAGCGUUCCUGCCAGCCAGCCAGCAUUCCUGCUAGGCAGCCAGCAUUCCUGCCAGCAACCCAGCGUUCCUGCCAGCCAGCCAGCAUUCCUUCUAGGCAGCCAGCAUUCCUGCCAGCCUGCCAGCGUUCCUGCCAGCCAGCCAGCGCUACUGCCAGCCAGCCAGACAGCGUUCCUGCCAGCCAGCCAGUGUUCCUGCCUGCCAGCCAGCGUUCCUGCCAGCGACCCAGCGUUCCUGCCAGCCAGCCAGCAUUCCUGCUAGGCAGCCAGCAUUCCCGCCAGCCAGCCAGCGUUCCUGCCAGCCAGCCAGCGUUACUGCCAGCCAGCCAGCCAGCGUUCCUGCCAGCCAGCAAGCGUUCCUGCCAGCCAGCCAGCGUUCCUGCCAGUAAGCCAGCGUUCCUGCCAGCCAGCCAGCAUUCCUGCCAGCCAGCGUUCCUGCCAGUGAGCCAGCGUUCCUACCAGCCAGCCAGCAUUCCUGCCAGCCAGCCAGCAUUCCUGCCACCUAGCCAGGGUUCCUGCCAGCGAGCCAGCGUUCCUACCAGCCAGUCAGCAUUCCUGCCACCCAGCCAGCGUUCCUGCCAGCCAGCCAGCAUUCCUGCCAGCCAGCCAUCCAACGUUCCUGCCAGCCAGCCAGCCAGAGUUCUUGCCCCCGCCAGUGGCAGCAGAGAUGAAAAUAAGGAGGGGGAGGAGGAGGAGGAGGAGGAGGAGGAGGAGGGGGAGGAUGGGUCCACCACCUUCAUCUCAGAGUAG